CGGCGCGCAGGCGCGCCGACGGCUGGGAGCUUUGGCUGGGGCGGUGGGGCUAGUGCCGGUUGCCGCGUCCUGCUCCCUUUGACGCCCCCCUAGCGCGAAUAGCCGUUGCCAUGUCGUCGGUGAGCCCUAUCCAGAUCCCCAGCCGCCUCCCGCUGCUGCUCACCCACGAGGGCGUGCUGCUGCCCGGCUCCACCAUGCGCACCAGCGUGGACUCGGCCCGCAACCUGCAGCUGGUGCGGAGCCGCCUGCUCAAGGGCACGUCGUUGCAGAGUACUAUCCUGGGGGUCAUCCCCAACACGCCCGACCCGGCCAGCGACGCGCAGGACCUGCCGCCGCUGCACAGGAUUGGGACGGCUGCCCUGGCGGUUCAGGUUGUAGGCAGCAACUGGCCCAAGCCCCACUAUACUUUGCUGAUUACAGGCCUGUGCCGUUUCCAGAUUGUGCAGGUCUUGAAGGAGAAGCCAUAUCCUGUUGCCGAAGUGGAACAGUUGGACCGGCUUGAGGAAUUUCCCAACACCUGUAAAACUAGGGAGGAGCUAGGAGAACUAUCAGAACAGUUUUACAAAUAUGCAGUACAGUUGGUGGAAAUGUUGGAUAUGUCUGUCCCUGCAGUUGCUAAAUUGAGACGCCUUUUAGAUAGUCUUCCAAGGGAAGCAUUACCAGACAUUCUGACCUCAAUUAUUCGAACAAGCAACAAAGAGAAGCUCCAGAUUUUAGAUGCUGUGAGUCUAGAGGAGCGGUUCAAGAUGACCAUACCGCUGCUUGUCAGACAAAUUGAAGGCCUGAAAUUGCUUCAGAAAACCAGAAAACACAAGCAAGAUGAUGAUAAGAGGGUUAUAGCAAUACGUCCUAUUAGAAGGAUUACACACAUCCCAGGUGCCUUAGAAGAUGAGGAUGAGGAUGAAGAUCAUGAUGACAUUGUCAUGCUAGAGAAAAAAAUACGAACAUCCAGUAUGCCAGAACAGGCCCACAAAGUCUGUGUCAAAGAGAUAAAAAGACUCAAAAAAAUGCCUCAGUCGAUGCCAGAAUAUGCUCUGACUAGAAAUUAUUUAGAACUUAUGGUGGAACUUCCUUGGAACAAAAGUACAACUGACCGUCUGGACAUUCGAGCAGCCCGGAUUCUUCUGGAUAAUGAUCACUAUGCUAUGGAAAAAUUGAAGAAAAGAGUGCUGGAAUACCUGGCUGUCAGACAGCUGAAAAACAACCUGAAGGGCCCCAUUCUUUGCUUUGUUGGCCCUCCUGGAGUUGGUAAAACAAGUGUGGGAAGAUCAGUGGCCAAGACUCUUGGUCGAGAGUUCCACAGGAUUGCACUUGGAGGAGUGUGUGAUCAGUCUGACAUUCGAGGACACAGGCGUACCUACGUUGGCAGUAUGCCUGGUCGUAUAAUCAAUGGCUUGAAGACUGUUGGGGUUAACAAUCCAGUGUUCCUAUUAGAUGAGGUGGACAAACUAGGAAAAAGUCUGCAGGGUGAUCCUGCAGCAGCUCUGCUUGAGGUGUUGGAUCCUGAACAAAACCAUAACUUCACAGAUCAUUAUCUAAAUGUGGCCUUUGACCUUUCCCAAGUUCUUUUUAUAGCUACUGCCAACACAACUGCUACUAUUCCACCUGCCUUGUUGGACAGAAUGGAGAUCAUUCAGGUCCCAGGGUAUACACAAGAAGAGAAGAUCGAGAUUGCCCACAGGCACUUGAUCCCAAAGCAGCUGGAACAGCAUGGGCUGACUCCUCAGCAGAUUCAGAUCCCACAGGUUACUACUCUUGACAUCAUCACCAGGUAUACCAGAGAGGCAGGGGUUCGCUCUCUGGAUAGGAAGUUUGGAGCCAUUUGCCGAGCUGUUGCUGUGAAGGUGGCAGAAGGACAACAUAAAGAAGCCAAGUUGGACCAUUCUGAUGUGGCUGAGGGAGAAGGUUGUAAAGAACACAUCUUAGAAGAUGCAAAACCUGAAUCUAUCAAUGACGCUACGGACUUAGCCCUACCACCCGAAAUGCCGAUUUUGAUUGAUUUCCAUGCUCUGAAAGACAUCCUUGGGCCCCCAAUGUAUGAAAUGGAGGUGUCUGAGCGGUUGAGUCAACCAGGAGUGGCAAUAGGUUUGGCCUGGACCCCCUUAGGUGGGGAAAUCAUGUUCGUGGAGGCAAGCCGAAUGGAUGGCGAAGGUCAGCUGACUCUGACUGGCCAGCUAGGAGAUGUCAUGAAGGAGUCUGCCCAUCUCGCGAUUAGCUGGCUCCGCAGCAACGCGAAGAAAUACCAUCUGACCAAUGCUUCUGGAAAUUUUGAUCUUCUUGACAACACAGACAUCCAUCUGCACUUCCCAGCUGGUGCUGUCACAAAAGAUGGACCAUCUGCUGGAGUUACCAUAGUAACUUGUCUCGCCUCACUUUUUAGUGGGCGGCUGGUGCGUUCGGAUGUAGCCAUGACUGGAGAAAUCACAUUGCGGGGUCUCGUUCUUCCAAAAGAAGACUCAUGAGGGGAAAAAAAGUAUCAGUCUGGUCAUCGGCGAUGUCAGCCACUGAGGAAUUAACUGCAUUCCAAGAGACAGUAACGGUGGUUAAUACUAGCUGUGCUAGUAAUAGGAAAUGUAAAUACUUUACAGACCAUGAACUCUUCAACCUCCUAGUUCAAGAUGGUAGACUAAGCAGAGUGAAGGCAAUACAAGCACUCAGAAAUGAGCGGGGAGUCAGCAGCUGAGUUCAGCCAACUUCUGGAAGAAAGUAUCCUGGCUGAUGAAACAAUUGGAGAUAGAGACAGUCUUCCCAGCAGGAAUCUGGGAAAAACAAGGGCUCAUAACCAGAAAGCACAGACCAGGAGAGCAGGAAAGAAAUGGGAAACAAAAUGAGGGGAUUCAUAGAAAUCUCCAUAGAAUAAGUGGUUCUUCCACUUGCACUCAACCACGUCCAGGCUUUCCCAGCCUGGAAAGUUUGAGUAAGCCUCCAGUUUUAAACCUGUCCCAUGAGACAGAAGAAAAGCAGCAGCAUUUAAGAGAAAGACUUGCUAACGCUGGCGAAGACCAUUCAAGAACAGAGAAUAAGACAACUUGGAUUUAAAACUGUUUUAGAAUUAGUCAAAGAACUGUUCAGAAAAAAAUAAUAGAAAAAGCAGGCAGAUCCAACAUUGAGCUAUCAGGCAUUCUAGUAGACAGAAAAUGGAAUUGAACAUUUCCUAGAAUUGAAGGUUAUCUUCAGAUUGAAAGGGUCUACACCAGCUGGGAGAAAGAGGUCGUCCCCAAAGCCUUUCAGGUAACCAAGGAGAAAGUUCUCUCAUUCUCCUCAGUGACACCAGAUGUACGGUCCCUUCAAAAUUCUGAUGGAAAAUGACUUGAAGUCCAGUCUCAUAUACACCUUCAAUAAAAUGUGAAAGUAAAAUGGUUAUUUUCAUACAUGCAA